AGCAGGAUCAUCUUCAAACUUACUCCGUACUAUUUUAUACAGAGUAUUUUUUUUUUGACAUCUUGGACCGAUGUCUAAACUAUUGAAAACAUUGAAGAAAGGCUUCAGUAGCCUAGGAGCUUCAUCUUCAAAUUCAAACAGCAAAUUUCCCAAGGGCGCUGGGGAUUUUGAGGAUUAUUUUAAGACGGAGAUCAAACCUCUCUUAAUUGAGAGGUAUUCAAAGUACCCACAGCCACCCUCAUAUGUGUUGCCCAAGGACUCGUUUGUCCAAGGGUACCUUCGCUGCCCGCCGAAGUACAGGACGUUUCUUCUUGAUGCUUUAGAACGUAAGCUAAUGGCGGUGGAGGAUGAUGGGGGAUCUCUCCCGUGGAAUCCCCAGUCCAUCCCUAAGACGAGGGGACCAACUAAGGUCAUGGUAAGCAUCCCACGGAGAAUCGAGGAUGGCUGGAAAGUCAUCCACGUGGACUAUGCUUACUGCCCAAGUAAUGGAGGAGGGAUCGGGGCAGUGAUUUUUGAUUCGCCUGCCACCCCCGGCUGCAUUCCCGACCACAUUUGCCAACACUCCUCCACCUCCCCCUCUGAUGUUGUACUUGGGGAGGGAGAGGCCUUCAUUGAGGCCCUCCUGAAAGCUAGGGCGGAUGGAGCCAGGAAAGUGUGGUGUGUGAGCGACUGUAACGCAAUUGUGGACUACAUCAACGGGAACCGCCAAGCUCCCGAGAAGCACUUGGAGACCGUCUUGAACAUCAACGCUUUGCUGGAGAGGUUCGAGGAUUUCGAAGUGGUGCAUCUGUACCGGGAACGGAACAGCGCAGCAGAUUGGUUGGCAGUGGCGGGCCGUAAUCGCGGAGGCUUGAGCAAGGUGAGCGGUGAGGAGAUAGAAGAGUAUAAUCAUCUCGUGGCGAGCCUCAUGGCCCAAGAGCCAUGUUUCCCAAUCAGAUUUUAACAAGGUGCAGAAGUGAGCAAAGAAGACACAAUGGCAUGCAUGACCAUGGCAACAAAUAUAGCAGCUAGCAAGCAGCUGAGAAGUGAACGCCAAUUAGCACCUAUUUGUUGGUGAACCCCCAUGCAACCCAGCCAGCCAGCCAAUGAACACAUGCAUGCAUCUACUUCAUCCCCGGCCCUCGAUUGCUUUGUGAUUCUGAUUCAUAUUUUAUUUGUUGCUUCUUGCUACUUGCCAUUGUUGUCGUUGUACGUUUUUAAUUUAUGGGACACUAUUGAUAUG